GCUGUAGUGUAGGAACAGGUAAGUUGUGAGUCCUGUUCGCCUCUGCACUGAGGUAUGCAAAGAGUGGUGGAUUCAGUGAUGCAGUCAAGCAUUGCAUUCACGACACGACCCAAACACUGGAAUCGCUUCGUGUAUGUCAUGGCUUUGCACUUCACUCAAUACAAUACACUCUACUCUAUACCUAUCCUAUGACUUCCAUAUCUGUGUCUGUGUUUUGAGUUUUUGUUACUUCUUUAUACCAAUUGCGAGACCAGUCCUCACAGAGUGCUCACACCUAACACUCCAUUUGCUCUAACAAUCAAACAUUUGUUUGGUGUUUGUGUCAACACUAAUUAUAAUUGCUCUCAACGUAUCCAUCUAUAUGUCUGAUGGAUGUCUUGUCAGUGAUCUGUUUGUGAUAUUUGCAGCGACAACGAGUUGAGCGCAAGACAUACCACCAGUGCUGACAAGUGCUGUCACACCAGAGGCUAUGGAACAGCGCAAAAGAGUGCUCACAUUUCUCACAUUCUUCAUCUGUACGGCAUGUCUGGCCUUUUUGACCGCCUCUUUGGCCACUCACAAGUGGAUUGUCGCCAAACCCAUCCGAAUCACACUCUUCAACACAUCGAUGAGCACAUCCGGUGCCGCCAAUGAGACCGUCGGUGACUCUGACUUGGAUUCGGGCAAAUUUCGCGGUGAAAUUCAUUUCGGACUCUUUCACGGCACUAAAGUCUUGAACUAUGGCUUCGGCGACAGAAUCACCGGAAUCUGGAUGAAACAAGAAUUGGCGAAAAAUCCCAAUUUUAUGGCAUUCGGGUUGUGGUUAUUCACAGUCCUAUGCGUUGCCAUUGCGAUGGUCUUCGGGAUCGUUAGCUCCGUCUUCUCCAUUAUAAACACAGUUAUGACUCCAAUUGAAAUCAUUACUGGUAUUCAAGGAUUAUUCUUGUGGAACGGAUUAGCAGCCCUAUUCUGUCUGUGCGGAGGAAUCAGUUGGUUAUUGCAGUACAAGAAUAGUCUGCGGAGGAAUGUGUUGACACCGGACGAGCAGAACGACGGCUGGAACUCCGAGGGUCGAGCGUGGCUCGGCUUCAGCUACUUCUUCGUGAUUAUAGCUCUCGUACUAUAUAUAGUGAACAUUAUAUUAGUUUAUUUAGCGAACCGACCCGUCAAGAGUCGAGAGCCGCGGACCUCAACCGAUAAGAACCCGGAAGGGGUUAUAAUGUUAUAUUGAGUUCUAUAACACAAGUGCCACUCAUUUAUACCAAUAAAUAUUUUCGAGUCUUUAUUUUAAAUUUUCAAAACAAAAGUUGCCAUAAAAGCACAUAAAACUGAUUUUUAUACAUAUUGUUAAAUAAAUCAUUCCCUCAUUUAAAUUCCAC